AUGUACCAGCAGCGCUGGCGCUCCAAGCGCCUCUUGCGCGGAUACCACGGCGACUGGAUCCCGGAACGCCGCUUCCGUCGCUGGUUCCUGCCGACGCACCUGCCGAGCUUUGCCUCGCUCCCGGCCGCUAAGCGGGGGAAGAAGGAGUCGGGCAGUGCCCUCGACACGCCCGUGCCCCCGGUGCUGAACCUGUUCCUGCGCGAUGUCGAGCGCAGGCUGGACGUCGUCGUGUUCCGCUGCUGCUUUGCACACAGCGCAUACCACUCCCGCUCGCUCGUCCUCCACGGAAAGGUGUCGGUCAACGGCCAGCCAAUCACCGACCCGGGCAAGCUGCUCGAAGAGGGCGACUUGAUCUCGGUCGAGCCGGAAUCGAUUCCCAUGCUCAACAAGCAGAUCGCCAAGCGCGUCCAGCAGGACCGCGAGCGCCUCGCGCCCAAGGCGCCCGAGGCCGAGGCAAAGGCCGCGCCCGAGGCCGCUCCAGAGGCCGAGACCGCUCCUGCCGAGAGUGAGGCCGCUCCUGCCGAGGGCGAGGCCGCUCCUGCCGAGGGCGAGGCCGCUCCUGCCGAGGGCGAGGCCGCAGAGACUGCCCCCGCCGAGGCCGCACCGGCCGCGAAAAAGGCCCAAGACACCCUGCCGCCGGGCGUGCUGCCUUUCCACCUGCCGCCGUUUGCGGCGCCCUUCCUUUUCAUCCCGCCGUACCUGGACGUGAGCUUCCGUACGUGCUCGGCAAUCUACAUGCGCCACCCGACCCUCACGUCGCACCUCGCCCGCUCGCGCGACCAGUCGGACAACAGCCAACCGCGUGCGCAGCGCGUCUUCCAGUCCGAUAUCCCGACGCCCUACCCUGCUGGCGGUGAGAUGUUUGGUCUCGCGUGGGAGUUCUAUGUGCGCAAUGCGCCGCGCGUGCGUGGCGACGAGCGCCGCACCAAGGUCGAGGGCCGCUACGGCCGCUCGGGCUUUGAGUCUGCCCGUGCGUGGGAGAGUGACCGCCGCCGCGUCGCGAUCCGCCGCGGAUGGGGCCGCAAGCGCCGCAUCUCCCUGCCUACCUCGCCGCUCUCGCGCGGCCCGUCACCGGACGGGAGUCUGUUUCUGGCGCGCGCCGAGUCGCACGUCUUGCAUAUCUUCGAUGCAAGCGAUUUUCGGUGCAUACAGACCUACCGUGCACCGACGCCCGUGCUGGACGUGAGCUGGUACCUGUAUCCGGCGACGGCAGACGACGAGCAUGUGCACUGGUGCUUUGCAGUGAGUGGUCGGGAUAUGCCGGUGCGCCUCGUCGACGCGCGCAUAGGCGAGUUGAAAGCGACCUAUGCCAUGGUCAACCAUAUCGAGGAGUACGUCGCGCCGAAUGCACUUGCGUUUGGGCACGACUGUGCACGGCUGUACGGCGGCGUAGCCGAGGCCGUGGCCGUGUUUCAGCUCGCUGCGCCGGGCGCCAACCAGCACAUGGCGCUCGACCUAUCGGCGGCGAGUGCAUCGGACGCUCAGGGCGGCCAGCGCGGGCUUGUCUCGGCCUUGGCACCGGGGUGGGCACCGCGCGCAUUUGACGAGGAGAACGGCGGCCAGCCGCUCGAGAUUCUGGCCGUCGGUACGUUUUCAGGCACCAUUGGCCUCUAUGUGACCGACGCGCACUGGCUCGCGAAUGCGGCCGUGCGCCGGCAGGCGCAGUGGGUCGCUCCGCCGCGCCAUGGCGCCGAAGAGAGUGUCGCGGGUGAACACGUAUGCCUGUGUGGAUGGCGCGUCGCCGAGGGCGCUGGCAUUACCCAGCUAGCCUGGCACCCAAUGCACCGCAACAUUUUGGUGGUCGCCAUGCGCCGCUCGUCGCACUUGUUUGUGUACGACACAAGUUAUUUGUAUGGCAUGGCCGAUCCUUUCCACUUUCGGCGACUGCCCCUAACCGAUCCUUCGCUGAUCGCGCGCUUGGAUCGGCGUGCCAAGCACACACAUCAACGCCUAUGGUUCGAUAUCGACGCACAAGGCGAGUACCUCGUCACUGGCGACGACCAGGGCGACGUGUCGAUUUGGGCGUGGGACACAAUUCUCCAGGGCACGGCCCCCGGCGCGAGCGUUCCCCCUACGGUGCAGUUUCACGCCCAUGCAGGCGCACGGCACUGGUCGGCGGUGCACAGCAGCAGCGAGUCAAGCGAUGCGUCGUCCUCGGACGAGGAGCACGGGCCAGUUCCGAAUGAGGCUGUGACAGCACUUUGGGCGUGCAAACUACACUAG